AUGAUUGACAAUCUUUACUGGUCUACUGACACUCAGAAGGCUUUCCUCAGUGGUGUGCCUGGUUGUCUGGAACAUCAAUUUCUUCUAAUGGCAGCUCUCAAGGAUGCUAGGAAGCGGCAGAGAUCAAUUUGCUGUAGCUGGCUUGACUCUAAGAAUGCAUUUGGAAGUGUCCGUCACAAGCUUAUUGAUUUCACAAUCCAUUAUUAUCACGGUUCAUCUAAAAUUGUAUCUAUAGUGCAAGACCUAUAUUCCAAUCUGUAUGGUUCCGUGUUCGUGAACGACACUCUCACUAAAUCGUUUCCUUAUAGUAUUGGAGUCUUUCAAGACGAUCUAACGCUACUCUCAGACAGUUCAUCCUCUGGUCAGCAACAGUGUCAUUUGGUGCAGAAGUUUCUAGAUUGGUCAAAAAUUGAAGCAAGAGUAGUAAAAUGUAGCUCGCUCGCGUUCAGAAGCCGAUCAUCAUCUACCUUUUAUAACCCCAAGUUAAAACUCUGUGGGCAAGAUAUCUUAUUUGCUGGAGAUAAAAGUACAACUUUCCUGGGAUUACCAAUUAAUCUGUGUCUGUUCUCGUGUGAUAUUAAGUCGAGUAUACUGACUAAAUUGGAAGACCUGUGUGAGAGAGUUGAUGCUGCUCCUAUUUUGACAAAGAGCAAACUACAACUGUAUCGUAAUGGAAUUUUUCCUCGUCUGAGUUGGCUGUUGUCUGUGUGUGAUCUCCCACUUACUUGGAUUGAGCGUCAGGUUGAACCAAUUGCAAGACGGUACCUCAAGAAAUGGUGUCAUCUCGCCAGACCUGCUAAUGUAUGCCGAUUCUAUAUGCCUUUCAAGCUUGGCGGUUUGAAUCUCCCCUCGCUAUCUACAUUGUUCAAAAAAUGUCAAGUGUCUCGUUACCAUCAACUGUUAAAUUCCAAAGAUGCUCGUGUUCAAAACUUAGCAAUGUCUAAGGCUUUAGUUCUUGCUACGAACAAAACUCUGAAAUUCAACCCCUUCAUCUACGUAUUUCAAAAGCAAUUUAAGUCUUUAGAACCAUCACAUCCACAUGUAACAUUUGUCAGUUUGUGUAAAGCGAAACGACUAGUACAGAUUGUUGAUGAUCAGCGACGCUUGGAUCUCAUCAAAGCUUGUGUUGUACAAGGCUUGACACUGCGCUUGCAGGUGGAUGAUGACACUUGGAGUAAGACUGUACUGUCAUUCAAAGACAGAAUCCUGUCAUUCUGUCUAAACGCCAUUCAGAAUACUCUACCUCAUAAAUCAAACUUGCAACGUUGGCAGAAAUCUGAUUCUCUUGACUGUCCACUUUGUGAUUCAGCAAGCCGUCAUCAAACUCCCUAUUCAGAAAGAUGUGCAGAAUUGCCAUUAGCACAUCAUUUGCCAUUUGAUGUAGAAGAAAUGCAGACUCUUCUUCAUCCUGAGUGGAGUAAGCACUUUCUGUUACAAACGGAUGCUUCUGGUCUUGCUGUCGCCGCUAUUCUGGAUCAGGUCGACAACCACAACAAGGAAUGUUCGAUACGAUACCCGCCAGAAAGAGCUUUUGGCCGUUCUUUGGAGACAGAUCACGCUAGUCUUCAAUGGCUAAUGUCUGCUAAUUUUGAAGCAGGUCGUUUAACUCGCUGGGUUCUAAGACUUCAAGAAUCUGAUUCCACUAUCCGUCACCUGCCGGGCAAAGCCAACAAUAACGCUGAAGCUCUGUCUCGCCUACCGAACGACACAUUCGUGACACAGCCUUCUGACGUCCCUGUCCUCGCUGAUGGUCAAGACAUUAUUGCUCUGCGACUCUUGAUGAAAUCCGGCAACAACAGGAAACUAAUUCGAUUUACAUAA